AUGGCCAAGCACGCCCGCCUGCUCCAGGGCGUGCUCACCCACUCCGAGCGCAGGGCCGCUGCAGCCUUCAUCCAGUCGCCCCAGGAUUCGGACUACUUCGACGCAGAGCCCACGUUCAAGCAAUCGUACGCCCCACAAUCGGGUGAAAUCUUCGGAAUUCUCGAGCAGAUGAAGGAGGCCUUCGAGAAGGACUUGUCGCAGUCUCAGAAGACCGAGAUGGCGAACCAGAAAGCGUACGACGAGCUGAAGGCCGCGAAGGUCGAGCAGAUCGAGGCGGGGCAGGCGCAGAUCGACAAGAAGUCGCAGGAGAAGGCGGAGACGGACGAGCGCCUGGCCAGCUCGAAGCAGGACCUGGAGGACACGCAGGAGACCUCCCUCGCUGCGGACGAGAAGUUCCUGAUGAUGCUGAAAGAGAAGUGCUCGAUGACAGACGCCGAGUGGGAGGAGCGCCAAAAGACGCGCGCUGCAGAGAUGGCGGCCGUUUCCAAGGCCCUCGCCAUCCUCAGCACCGACGACGCCCACGACCUCUACACCCGCACCUUCAACAAGGGCGCCUCCCUGCUGCAGCAGCGGAGCUCUGCUGGCUCCGCCAGGCGCGACGCCGCCUCCAAGGUCAUCGCCGACGCCGCGAAGCGACUGCACAGCCAGGGGCUCUCCAAGCUGGCCCUGACGGUGAAGCUGGACGCGUUCGAGCGCGUGAAGAAGGCCAUCGACGACAUGCUGGCAGCGCUCCAGGAGCAGCAGGCUGCAGAGGUCAAGCACAAAGACUUCUGCGUGGCCGAGCUCGACGAGAACCAGCUCCAGACCGAGAAGAAGACCAUGGAAAAGCAGGACCUUGAGGCCCUCAUCGCCAAGCUGGAGACCACGAUCAAGCACCUGACGGAGGCGCUCGAAACCCUCAAGGCAGAGAUCGCGGAGAUGGAGGUGCAGAUGAAGCGCGCGGGGGAGACCCGCGAAAAGGAGAACGCGGAGUUCCAGGUGACGGUCGCCGACCAGCGUGCCACCCAGCAGAUCCUGAAGAAGGCCCUGGCCGCCCUCGGGGAGUUCUACGGCAAGCACCCGCCCGCCUUGGUUCAGAAGCAAGCGCCCGAGGGCUUCGCGCCGCCCAAGGGCUUCGACGUGUACGAAAAGUCUGCGGGCAGCAGCGGCGUGAUGGCGCUCCUCUCGCAGAUCGUCACGGACGCGAAGGCGAUGGAGGACGAGACCGUCCGCGCGGAGGAGGACAUGCAGAAGGCCUACGAGGCCUUCGUGAUCGAGACGAACGCCUCCAUCGAGGCUAAGAACAAGGAGAUCGUAAACAAGUCUCUGGAGAAGGCGAAGGCCGAGGAGCGACUCGUGGAGGCCGAGGCGGACCUGGACUCCACCAACACGGAGCUGGGCGAGCUGGCCGACUACAACGCCCAGCUGCACGGGAGCUGCGACUUCACCCUCAAGAACUUUGAUCUGCGCCAGGAGGCGCGCAUGGAAGAGAUGGAUGCCCUCAGGCAGGCGAAGCAGAUCCUCUCCGGCGCAGACUUCGGGGCCUUUCUGCAGAUGGCGUGA